AUGCGCCGGUUCUGCGGCGCGGUACCUCAUCCCAUGUAUCCAAUACCAAGCACCCUGCUGGCCAGCUCGUACUCCGUACUCCGCCCGCGCCGCUGCCUCCGCCAACUUGCGUCCGGCAAGACCCCCAGGCCAAGGUCCAUCGCGGUACCCUGCACUGGUGGGGCCACCUUGGGCUUGCACGCAGCGGCGGUACCGGUACCCCAUCCAGGACGUUGGGCAGGUCUUUGCGCAAGGGCCCCCCAGGUACUGGUUCCCUUUCGGUUUCCGUUUCGCAAGUACUCCGUACCUGCGACCAAGUCCUUCGCACCCGCAAACGCCGGACGACGAUCCUUCAGAGCGCCUCCUCCUUCCAGCGGCCGCCAUUGGCCCUCAUGGGGGGGUUUCGACAGUGGCAGGGCUGCUAUUGUGGCAUUUUCUAGCAUUUGCAAUCCUCUGCGGUACCUUGCUUUUGCACGGAGCACAUUCCUAGCAGCUGGUAGCCACGGCGGCGCCCCUUAUCGCAACCGUCUCUGGGCUUUGACCCCUGCCAUUGACACGAGCUUGUAUCAGCCUGUAGCGUUGCUGUAUAAUUCCUGGGCGUGGGGCUGCUGGGCGGGACAAACGGCGCAGCUGACGAGACGGGCGAAGCACUGGAUGGAUCAAAAUGGCACAAUCCGCUCGCAAAACCGCCUGCUGGGCUGCGCAUCCAGCGAGCACGUUUCCAGCGGUGCAAACGCUAUAUUUGCACCACCCGCGAUCCAAUCAUGGGCUCCGCUGUCCGUGGAUUCGGGGCCACGGGGGACUUGA